CAAUUUUCUUUGCGUGCGUGGAAAAACUGUCGUUGCGCAUGCGUAGCUCGGCAAGAAAGUAGCUGGGCCGCUGAACGAUAAUAAAAGUGAAAUCCUGCUCAAGUUUUAAAUACUCAAAUUACCAAAUAUACUAAAUAAGUGUGGUCCAGGAUUGCGACGCAGUCGAAAAGAAAGUGAAGCUGUUCAGCUGCUAGCUAAUAGCAAGUGUGUCUACCCGAAAGUGAAAGUACGCGCUUGUUACGUUGCGCUCCUCGACAGGAGCCAGACAUGUCGCGCGCCCGAACGCACACGCAUUGCCACAUAAAGGAUAAAUGGCUGAGCCUGCUGCUCAUCUAUGCCCUGGCGCCGAAUGGCUGCAAUGUUGUCUGCGCCUUGGGCUAUCCGAGCGCACAGCAGGAGCACGAUAUGCUCAUACUGGAUGCGCUCUCACGACGCAGCGGCACCGGCUAUUAUGGCGAGAACAGCGUCAUGGAAAUGCUGUCCCGAAUGAUACCGCAAUCGUGCCGCUUCCGUGGCCACAAAUUCGAAUGCGGCCUGUCCAUCUCGUGCGUCUUGGGCGGCGGCAAGCCGCUGGAUCUAUGCUCGGGCGGCAUGAUCUGGUCAUGCUGUGUGGACAAAGAUAUCGAUGCCGAGGAGAGUCCACAUGCGGCGCCGGUCAACAAUACAAGUGACAUAAUACACUUGCACGACAUUUAUCCCGACUUGUCGCCAACUGCCAACAAGCCGGCACAUCAUCAACCACAUCACCAGACGCAACAGCAGCACCACAGCAACAGCAACAACAACAACAACAACAAUAACGGCCUGUCAGCGGCCUCAUCAGCACGUCCCGCCUAUCCCAGCCACGCCUACUACAGCACAAAACGUCCAUCGCUUUAUAGCGGCAAUCCCUACAAGCCCAACUCUAGCUCCGGUUCCGGCUCCAGCUCAUCGGUACAUCGUCCCAGCGCCUCCAGCCUGAACAGCUGGGAGCACGACGCGAAUCACUUGGGCAUCACCAAUCAUCUGGAUAGUUUCUUUGAUGCAGAUGCGCCGCCAGACAGCGCCGCCGCGACGCGUCCAACGGCAGCACAUGUGCCGCAGGCGCAGCCCUUUGCCGUGGGCAAUGUGCUCGAUCUGAAUGCGGGCGAGGCGGCGGAUGAAUACGAGAGUGGUGGUGGCUACAAUGACGGCAGCUAUCGUCCAGUGCCGGGCUGCGGUGAGGUUUUUUCACGCACCAAUCGCAUCGUAGGCGGCCACUCGACGGGCUUUGGCUCACAUCCCUGGCAGGUGGCGCUCAUCAAGAGCGGUUUUCUCACGCGCAAACUGAGCUGUGGCGGUGCCCUGAUAUCCAAUCGCUGGGUGGUUACUGCCGCGCACUGUGUGGCCACCACCACCAAUUCGAACAUGAAGAUACGCCUGGGCGAGUGGGAUGUGCGCGGCCAGGAGGAGCGUCUCAAUCACGAGGAAUAUGGCAUUGAGCGCAAGGAGGUGCAUCCGCACUAUAAUCCCGCCGAUUUCAAGAACGAUGUGGCGCUGAUACGGCUGGAUCGCAAUGUGGUUUACAAGCAGCACAUUAUACCCGUUUGCCUGCCGCCACCCACCACAAAGUUGACCGGCAAAAUGGCAACUGUGGCUGGCUGGGGACGCACGCGGCAUGGUCAGAGCACGGUACCCUCGGUGCUGCAGGAGGUGGAUGUGGAGGUCAUAUCGAAUGAUCGCUGCCAGCGCUGGUUCCGCGCAGCCGGACGACGCGAGGCCAUCCACGAUGUAUUUCUGUGCGCUGGCUAUAAGGAGGGCGGCCGGGAUUCCUGCCAGGGCGAUAGCGGCGGGCCGCUCACGCUUACAAUGGAUGGCCGCAAGACGCUUAUUGGCCUCGUCUCGUGGGGCAUUGGCUGCGGCAGGGAGCAUCUGCCGGGCGUUUAUACCAAUAUACAGCACUUUGUACCGUGGAUCAACAAGGUUAUGGCCAAUGACAACAAUGCGUGAAUACAGUGUGCAUAUGCCACAUGCGGCUAUCACUUAAUCAAUUGGAAGACUGCAGUCAACCGCUUGCAGUCACCCGUUUGUCUGGCCAUGUGAUUCCUCUACGACUCGGGGUUGCUAGUGUUUAAGUUAAAGCUCUCAAUCAGUACGCAGCUGCAAUUUAUUUAUUUUUUUAUUUUUGGUUGGUUUUAACCCAUUCAAGAUAUUCCACUCAAUGCGGCUCCACUUUAAUGUUAAGCAC